CGAGCCGUCCAUGGUGCAGCGCAUGUGGGCCGAGGCGGCCGGGCCCGCGGGCGGCGCCGAGCCGCUGUUCCCGGGCUCGCGGCGGAGCCGCAGCGUGUGGGACGCCGUGCGCCUGGAGCUGGGCGUCCCCGACAGCUGCCCGGUGGUGCUGCACAGCUUCACGCAGCUCGACCCCGACCUGCCGCGCCUGGAGAGUUCCACGCAGGAGAUCGGGGAGGAGCUGAUCAACGGGGUCAUCUACUCCAUUUCUCUGCGCAAGGUUCAGCUGCACCACGGGGCCACCAAGGGCCAGCGCUGGCUUGGGUAUGAGAAUGAGUCCGCCCUGAACCUCUACGAGACCUGCAAAGUGCGCACCGUGAAGGCCGGCACGCUGGAGAAGCUGGUGGAGCACCUGGUGCCCGCCUUCCAGGGCAGCGACCUUUCCUACGUCACCAUCUUCCUGUGCACCUACAGGGCCUUCACCACCACCCAGCAGGUGCUGGAUCUGUUGUUCAAAAGGUUCAGUAGAUGUGAUGCCCUCACGGACUCCUCUAGAUAUGGCUGCAUCCUCCCCUACUCCAGUGAGGACGGUGGACCGCAGGACCAACUCAGAACGGCCAUCUCCUCCAUCCUGGGCACGUGGCUGGACCAGUACUCGGAGGACUUCUGCCAGCCUCCACACUUUCCCUGCCUCAAGCAGCUGGUGGCCUACGUGCAGCUCAACAUGCCCGGCUCAGACCUGGAGCGCCGCGCCCACCUGCUCCUGGCCCAGCUGGAGGACCUGGGGGCCAGUGAGCCCGAGCCCGAGGGGGUGGAGCCUGCUCUGUCGCCAGCCCCAGUGCUAGCUCUGAAGCCAAGUCCAGAGCUAGAGCCAGCUCCAGCACCGGCUCUGGCACCCCGCCCAGUGACACCACAAGCAUCAGGUCCCGAGUUAGAGCCAGAGUCAGCUCUAGAGGCUGCUGUGGAGCGAGAGUCGGCGUCAUUACCUGCUGCAGAGCUGGAGCCCGCCCCCUCACAGACUCCAGAGCCCGAACCUGACCCGGCGUCAGGCCCAGCCGGAGAACCUUCCUGCCCUUCCCCUGUGGCCGCGGAGAACGGGCUGAGCGAGAAGCCUCAUCUGCUGGCGUUCCCUCCCGACCUGGUGGCGGAGCAGUUCACGCUGAUGGACGCGGAGCUGUUCAAGAAGGUGGUACCCUACCACUGCCUAGGCUCCAUCUGGUCCCAGAGGGACAAGAAAGGCAAGGAGCACUUGGCGCCUACCAUCCGGGCCACCGUCGCCCAGUUCAACAACGUGGCCAACUGCGUCAUCACCACCUGCCUCGGGGAGCACAGCAUGAAGGCCUCGGACAGGGCCCGCGUGGUGGAGCACUGGAUCGAGGUGGCCAGGGAGUGCCGAGUUCUGAAGAACUUCUCUUCCCUCUACGCCAUCCUCUCGGCUCUGCAGAGCAACGCCAUCCACCGCCUGAAGAGGACCUGGGAAGAGGUCUCCAGGGAAAGCUUCCGCGUGUUCCAGAAGCUGUCGGAGAUUUUCUCAGACGAGAACAACUACUCCCUCAGCAGAGAGCUGCUGAUCAAGGAGGGGACUUCCAAGUUUGCCACCCUGGAGAUGAACCCUAGGCGAGGCCAGAGGCGGCCGAAGGAGAUGGGUGUCAUCCAGGGCACCGUCCCCUACCUCGGCACGUUCCUCACUGACCUGGUGAUGCUGGACACGGCCAUGAAGGACUACCUAUACGGGAGACUGAUCAACUUCGAGAAGAGGAGGAAGGAAUUCGAAGUGAUCGCCCAGAUCAAGCUCCUGCAGUCGGCCUGCAACAAUUACAGCAUUGUGCCGGAGGAGCACUUCAGGGCCUGGUUUGAGGCCAUGGAGCGGCUCAGCGAGGCUGAGAGCUACAACCUGUCGUGUGAGCUGGAACCCCCCUCAGAGUCAGCCAGCAACACCCUGAAGACCAGGAAGAGCACGGCCAUUGUCAAGCGCUGGAGCGACCGCCAGGCCCCCAGCACCGAGCUCAGCCCCAGCGGCAGCUCGCACUCCAAGUCCUGCGACCAGCUCAGGUGCGGCCCCUACCUCAGCAGCGGGGACAUGGCCGACGCGCUCAGCGUGCACUCGGCCGGCUCCUCCAGCUCCGACGUGGAGGAGAUCAACAUGAGCUUCGUCCCAGAGUCCCCUGACGGCCAGGAGAAGAAGUUCUGGGAGUCGGCUUCCCAGUCCUCCCCAGAAACCUCGGGGAUCAGCUCCGCCUCCAGCAGCACGUCGUCCUCGUCGGCCUCCACCACGCCCGUGGCCGCCACCCGCACCCACAAGCGCUCCGUGUCGGGGGUCAGCGGCUACAGCUCCUCGCUGCCCCUGUACAACCAGCAGGUGGGCGACUGCUGCAUCAUCAGGGUGAGCCUGGACGUGGACAACGGCAACAUGUACAAGAGCAUCCUGGUGACCAGCCAAGAUAAGGCCCCCACUGUCAUCCGCAAGGCCAUGGACAAGCACCACCUGGACGAGGAGGACCCCGAGGAGUACGAGCUGGUGCAGGUCAUCUCCGAGGACCGAAAGCUGAAGAUCCCUGAAAACGCCAAUGUGUUCUACGCCAUGAACUCCACUGCCAACUAUGACUUCGUGCUGAGGAAGCGGACCUUCAGCAAGGGGGUGAAGGUCAAGCACGGAGCCAGCUCCACCCUCCCGCGCGUCAAGCAGAAGGGACUCAAGAUUGCCAAGGGCAUCUUCUAAGGACGUCUCCCUGGGUGGGACUGGCCGGGGGCCGAGGACUUAGGGACCCGAGUGGCCCAGGCCACGCAGGCGCGUUGCCGCCAGCCCAGGCCACCCCCAGACUCCAGUGUCAACCCAAACCUCUCCCGCCGGGAUUGACACCUGCCGCGCGGCAGGCCGACCUGGCCCCCGGGGAGACCACCCGCUGCCUUAGGUGCCUUCUCUCUGGAACCAGAGGACCAGCUGACCUUGGCCAAGGAGCGCCGCCCAGGGCACGGUGCCCGGCCCGCCCCCCGGCGCUGCCCUCCGAGUUCUGCCCGACGCCUGCCCAGGCGCAAUCACUGCCACCCGCGCCCCCAGGCGCCUCUCGCCCGGCAGCACCGGGCACUGCGGUUCUCUCCUGCUCGCGGGGGGCCCCCCCGGCCCGUGCGCUUGGUGGGGGUCCCCGCCCCUCCUCCUGCCGCUCUAGCCUUUCUCAGGCUGCACCAAAGAUUCCACCUUCAGGGCCAGCCCAGAGUGCCCGAGUGUUGCCCACCACGAACCCCAGCCCGGCCCUGGAGCUGAGAGGCAAGGCCACGCGCAGACCUCACGCCCCGCCCCGCCCCGCCCCGCCGGCGCGGACAGGCCCGCGGGCCACCGGGCUCAGGCCGCCGCACGGGCCAUCUGCCACCGCGCCCUGGGCGCACGCGACCGCGCGAGUCAGGGGCUUGAGGU